GUCACUCAUCAAAAUAAAGCAAGUCGACAGUGUUUUCAUCAGCUGAUUAAAAGAUCUUUGGAGAGGCUGGACCUUGGCGCAGUGAGAUUCCCGUCUCGGUUGCUGCCGGCCGCAUUGAAGUUUGGUCGUCAUACUGGAAUCGUCCUCCGAGCCCGACGACGGUGGAAGCCCCUCUCCGCCGAGGAAAAAGCUUCGAGUGUCUGCCAGUAACAUGCAAGCUAAUGGCUGCCCUCAGCAUAACGGGGAGGUUGCUGCUUCCACGUCGUCGCAGGUCCACCAAAAUGGAGCCAGUCUGACUUUGAGUAAUGGACAGGCUGGGACAGAGACUAGUCUAGCUCGAUGUCCAAAAGUUUUGACCAAAAGUGACCGGGACAUCGUCCGAUUGAUCGGUCAACACUUGCGAGGACUCGGACUUGAUCGCACUGUUGAUCAGUUAAUUCAAGAGUCGGGUUGCUCUCUGGAGCAUCAUGCUGCUUCCAAGUUCCGUUCACAUGUAAUGAAUGGAGAAUGGGAUAAGGCUGAGUUGGACCUCAAUGAACUCAAAGGGUUAGUGGACAGCCAACAAGGGUCACUGAAAAUGAAGUUUUUAAUCUUGGAGCAGAAAUACCUUGAAUACUUAGAAGAUGGAAGUGUACUAGAUGCCUUACAUGUGCUGAGGAAUGAACUCACACCACUUAAAUUUAACACAGAACGAGUGCAUGAAUUGAGCUCGUUUAUGAUGUGUAACAACCCUGAAGAUCUGAGAGAGAUGGCAGAUUGGGAGGGGAAGUCACCAGAAGCAAGACAGAAGCUCAUGGAAAGGUUACAGUCAUUCCUGCCCCCAACUGUAAUGCUGCCACCACGUCGUCUUCAAACUUUGCUCAACCAAGCUAUAGAACUCCAGAAAGAGAACUGUCCAUAUCACAACACUAAGUAUGACAAUGAUCUGGAAGCAGUCUCCCUACUCAUGGAUCAUAUAUGUAGCAAGGAAGACUUCCCUUGCGCCACAUUGCAAAUACUAAAUGACCAUUGUGAUGAGGUGUGGUACUGUAAGUUCUCCCCUUGUGGAACAAAACUGGCCACAGGCUCUAAAGAUGGAACACUCAUCAUAUGGGACAUAAAUAAAGAAACACACGAAUUAAGGCAUAGGCGGACAUUUGAUGGACAUGCAUAUGGUGUGGCCUGUAUAGCCUGGAGCCCAGACAGCAUGUAUAUAGUGGCUUGUGGGCCUGAGGACUGCUCUGAACUCUGGCUCUGGAAUGUAGAGACAGGAGAUUUGCGGGUGAAGAUGAGUCAAUCCCCAGAAGACAGUUUGACUUGUGCAUCAUUUCAUGCUGAUGGGAAGAGGUUUAUCACUGGAGGGACAAGAGGCCAGUUUUAUCAAUGUGAUUUAGAUGGCAAUGUGCUGGACUCCUGGGAGGGGGUCAGGGUGCAGGGCUUACAGUGUCAGAAAGAUCACAAAGUAGUCCUAGCUUCAGAUACACACCACAGAAUUAGAGGAUAUAACUUUGAUGAAUUAACAGACUUCCAAGUAAUCCAAGAAGACCAUCCUAUCAUGUCUUUCACAAUAGCAGAUGAUGGACGGAGGACACUUCUUAAUGUUGCAACUCAGGGAGUGCAUUUAUGGGAUCUGAAGGACAAAUGUUUACUUCGCAAGUUCCAAGGCAUAACGCAAGGUUUCUACUCCAUCCACUCCUGUUUUGGAGGACUGAAUCAAGAUUUUAUUGCCAGUGGAAGUGAAGAUCACAAGGUAUAUAUCUGGCACACCAAACGUGAGGUGCCCAUCUGUGUAUUAGAAGGUCAUACUCGCACAGUGAACUGUGUACAUUGGAAUCCCAAGUUACCCAGCAUGCUGGCCAGUGCAUCUGAUGAUGGAACUGUAAGGAUAUGGGGGCCACAAAAAUAUUGUAAGCAAGAGGCCAAUGGCUGCCAAUCUGGUCGCAGCACACCAGUAUAGUAGCCAAGAAGAAGCUGUGUUUGUGACUUGGUUAUAAAUCUAUGGAUAGCAGGCAAUAUUUUCAGCCGUGGUAUAAAACAGCAAGGUUUUGAAAGUACCAGUGGAAAAAAUUGUACUGUUACCAGUUUGGAGUGAAGUACAAGGAUGUGAAAAAUGACAAAGGAGACUUGUUUGCAGUUUUUGCAAGAAAGUGCGUGCGUGCGUGUGUGUGCUUGUGACCCACUGAACAUGUGACACUUGGAAUGAGUUUAGAAUUCAUGUUAUAUGAAUUACGAUAGGUGCUGAUGUCAAUAGAGCCUCCCUUCAGGAAAAACAAUAUUUCAACCUGGUCCAACAUGAACAACUUGUAUGUGCUAGCCAAGGGUGCAUAUAUAGAUGAGGGGAGGGCCUCUGUGAGAAUGAAGGGAAACUUGGUAAAAACAAAUGGUGGCUUUGUAGAAGCCAGAAGGUGGAAAGAAUGGUCUGACCAAUUACAGUUUGGUAAUUAAUUUUAAGAAAUGUGAAAUUGUACUCUCUUUAGUUUUCAAGAAACUGUUAAGUACCUAGCAAUGGCACAACAUGAAAUGAUAGUUGGAUGAAAGCAUGUUGGUUAUUUGUGUGCAUUUCGAGGAUCUUCCUCAAGAUGCUGUAGAACUUUUUAAUAUGAAGUGAUAGGUAAAUUGUGUAGAUUUUAAGGCAUAUAGACAUGUUAUACUCCAACAUGUAUCAGAACUCUGCUUAUUUUAUUUUGAUUGAAAAUAAAAGAAAAUUAUUUAGCAACACUGGAAUGCAAUCAAUUUCCUCUCUUAUUUAUUGGUGAAAAAAUACAUUUUUUUCAUAAACAAUGAUGUAACUUUCAUAUUUUUUCAACUUUCUCUGAUUGUGUUUGAAAAUUCUGGUGAUAUUUCACUUUUCUUAGCUGUAACAUGCAGUUUUUUCAGAGGAAGAUAUACAAGGUCAUGUACUAUUGCUUAUUAAGUUUGUUUGCCACCAGACAUGCCACCUGUAUCAAUGUAUUUACCUCUUUGUUUAUUAGUUCAAUUUUAAUCUGAUUUAUUAUAAUUAUGUGCAUCUUUUUAAAUAAUAUUAAUUGUAAUAUUUUAUUAAACCAAAAUUGCACUUAUUGUCUGAUGGAAAGAAUUGGCAUUUUACUAAUGUCAAAUGGUUCAAUA